CGCACCGAGCUGCGGAGCCGCCGCCGCCGCCCCCCGCCUCCGCGCCCUCCACCCUGCCCGCGGGGCACGGGAGCCGGUGACGGGAGCGAGGCGGAGUCUGGAGGGAAGAUACCGAGAGAUAGAGAUUUAAAUCACAUCCCCGGCUGUAGAAGGGGCAGCAGCAGCAGCAGCCCCGGCGCAGAGGUACGGACGCACGCGCCGAGACAGGUCUGCCGGCUCCGCCGCUGCUGCUGCUGCUCAUCAUGGGUGCCGCAGCCGCCGAGUCCCCCAGCGCCAUGGGCCUCGUGUCCAGCGUGGUGAACGACACCCUCGAGUUCUACCGCUGGACCUGGAGCAUCCGAGACAAACGUGUUGAUGAUUGGCCCUUGAUGCAGUCUCCAUUUCCAACACUGACUAUAAGCACUAUUUAUCUCCUCACUGUCUGGCUGGGCCCCAAAUGGAUGAAGACGAGAGAGCCCUUCCAGUUACGCUUCCUGUUGGUUGUUUACAACUUUGGAAUGGUUCUGCUCAACUUCUUCAUUUUCAAAGAGCUGUUCUUGUCAUCAAGAGCUCGAGGGUACAGCUAUGUCUGCCAGACUGUGGAUUAUUCAGAUAAUGUUUAUGAAGUUAGGAUAGCUGCUGCUUUAUGGUGGUAUUAUGUCUCUAAAGGAAUCGAAUAUUUGGAUACAGUAUUCUUUAUCCUGAGGAAGAAAUUUAACCAGAUUAGUUUUCUUCAUGUCUAUCACCAUUUCACCAUGUUCACCUUGUGGUGGAUUGGUAUUAAGUGGGUUGCAGGUGGACAAGCUUUUUUCGGAGCUCAAAUGAAUGCAUUUAUUCAUGUCAUUAUGUACAUGUAUUAUGGAUUAGCAGCUUGCGGCCCUAAAUUUCAGAAGUACCUGUGGUGGAAACGAUACUUGACCAUAUUGCAAUUGGUGCAGUUCCAUGUGACUAUUGGCCACACAGCCUUGUCUAUUUAUAUUGAUUGUCCUUUCCCUAAAUGGAUGCACUGGGGUGUCAUUUUCUAUGCUGUCACCUUCAUUUUCCUGUUUGGUAACUUCUACUAUCGGACAUAUAAGCUUCCCAAGGAACCUGUAAAGAAUGGAAAAAUAGCAAAUGGUGCUGUUGCAAAUGGAGUAAGCAAACCAGAAAAUAAUGCAGUGGUGGAAAAUGGAAAAAAGCAGAAAAAGGGAAAAGCAAAAGGAGAGUAACUUGAUCCAGGCCUUAACCAUUGUUGGCAGUGAGGAACCUCCAGUUUGGUUUAUAAAAGGAAGAAAAAAACACUAUCUGUACCAAUUAACCUUAGGUUACUGAAGAGCUAGAACACAGAUAUUUUCAUUAUUUAUGAAGAUUGUUUUAAGAACAACACUAAAGUUGAAUUUCUAUUGUAAUUAUGUAAUUAUCAUGCAUAUGGUCUCUGUGUAAACUUAUAGACUGCUGGUGUUGGUGAAUGUAAGGAAGAAUUGCAGUUGAUUCCAUGUUUAGCAGUCCAAAAGUUAAUACUACCAUUGGUAAAGGCAGUUUUGUUGGCACCCACAUUUCUGGGGGGGGAGGGGAAGGAAGUAGCAUUUGGAUACUUGUGUUUUCCUUCCAGAAAAUUAUUAAAUUUCAAAUUAUGAUAUAUUAUCUAAUCAGAAUGUGCAACUUUCUUGUCCUCCUUGGAGGGUAUCUUCAGACACAUUAUGUGCUGUCUGAACAGUGUUUGAAUUUUCAGAAAUUACUUGAUUUGAGUAUCUGUUACAGUUUGGUUUUUGUUUUAUUUUUUUUCUUGUGUGGAAAUAUACCUACCUCUUUAUCUGCUGAAAAGAAUAUUGAGCAUUAAAUAACUGGUUUCUGAAAUAUGGAGUCUUCUAAUCUAAAUAUCUGUUAACACUAAUUCAGAAGAAAAUAUGAUUUCCUGUGGGAGUAAAAGGGAUUUUUUGUGGUAUUUUUUGAUCAAGUCAUCAAUGACCUUUUUUAAUGUAAACUGAAAUUUUGGAACAGUACUUUUAGUAUAGCUAAAUCAAGGAAACAUUUUAAGAAUGUAUCAAUAUGAAAGAAUAUAUUGUUUGAAGCAAUCAGUUAAAAGUAGGCUUGCUGCUUGUUUUCCAUGACCUGCAUUAAACCUGUGAUGCUGACUGAUACUGAAAAUGGUAAGAUAAUGUUAUGGUGGAAAGAAAACAGCAACGUGUAAUUCCAUUUAGAAAUGCUGCGUGCAUGGGCAGUCAUGCUAUCUACAAGACCAUCACUGUAUUGAGAGAGGAAUUUGGAUUAAAAGUGCUAAAUACAGCAAACAUAAAACGUUGAAAAUGCUGUUACUGAUGGAUACCUGUCAAAACUCUAUUUGUUAGACACUUGCAGACAAAGUAUUGCUGGUAGACGGGCCACCAUUUUUAGUCAAAACUGCUAAAAUAAGGAGAAGCCUUUUAGAUGGAUGUUCAUUUGCAUGCUAUAUAAAGGACUUUUUACUGUUCCUUUUGUGAAGAAAAUAGAGAAAGAGUUAUUCGCCUUUUGAAUACUGUGAUUACUAAGAGAUGUUUUGAGCUACUCAGCAUGCAGUGAGUAUAGGACAGGAAUGGAAUUAGAAACCAUGUCCUGAACUCCCGUGUUCCUUGCUCAUCACUUUAAGAGCUGCAUUGUUGCUGUCCAAAUGCAUUCCCCCCGGCCCUGGUCAAAAACAUGUUCACAGGUAGCAACAACCUUGCAUCUGUCUACUGGCACCAUUGUUGCAGGAAAAAGUACAUGGAGCUGGAGGUGUAAAGUGUGUGACACAUUUAAUAGAUUUUUGCAUCUCGAUUAUCCAUUCGUCUGUUUAUAGAACACAGGCAGGUCACAUCUUCUGUCUCAGGUUUGUCUCUUUUCUCUAUACAAAAAAAACAUCUAAGCCCGAAAAACAGGUCCUAGGAAAAAAAUUUUGGAUAAAGUCUGUUGUAUUCCAAACUAGAUUGUGAUGCUGGAGUUCGUUCAGCUGGAAGGUGGGUCAUCCAUAAUUGCCAGCACUGUGGAUUUUAUGGCAGAAUAUAGAAUUGUGAAAGAAUGUCUCUGCCUAAUUGUAAUGUAUGUGACCAUUAAGUUUCUAUCUGUUGUGUCUUGUGAUUCUUCCAGCCUUUGUGCUGAUGCUUUUUGCAUUUGCAUAACUGUGUAUUUUUGUAGUCUAGCAUGAGGAAGAGGGACAGCGGUCUCUGCUUCCUUCUUGGACAAAUGCCACUACUCUUAACCAAGCCAAAAUGCUGGCUGACUCGGUAACUUUGGAGUGGCUAAAGGAGUAAAUAACUACGAAGAAAAUUUACAGCAGACCUGCUACUCCAAGGUAAUGGGUGGUGUGAAUACACGUACCCUACUGAAAAUUCAAGGUAGUUUACCCCACCUUGAUUAAAGGGUAGCUUCUUUUUAUUUGCCAUGGGAUCUGAGCAGCUAACUUUCAAAUCUGUAUCAUUCCUUGAAUUAUGUUAAAUUGGUUACAUGUUCUAUCGUUCUUUCGAUAAGCCAGAUCAGAUAAACUGAUACUCUUAGUGUGAUCUAGAUCUGUAAGAGCAUACUGAGGAGUAUUCGAGUACAGGUUCAAUUAUGUCUUUGCUACACUUUCUACAUUAAGGAUUGUAUCUUGCAUAAUGGCAGAUAUUUAAAUAACUGAAAGUUAAAUCUUUCCUUCCCUCAUAAUGCAUGGAAGUGGCUUAAAUUGAUUAAAACUUGAACCUUAUUAGCAGAACUGGAGUAGGAACUUACUGUCAAACUCUGGGGCAAUUGUUAACUUCUAAGAAAAAGUGAAAAAACACAUUGUGAGAAUGCAUGGGUACAUACACAUCAUGUUGUCUGGCCCUGUGCAUAAAACCAGUUUGAGAGAUCGCCAUUUCAUGGGGGGGGGGGGAAGUUAAUUGCUGGAACACUGCUGUUUUGAGUACAUCUUCUGCAAUAUGACUUUCCUAGCUCUAUUAAUGAUAUAUUUGAUUGUGUAACUAAAGUCCCGUUACAGUCUUGAAUAUAAUGGCCUUAUUAAAUGUGCAUUUUUGUAGGCAUGGUCUUGAGUGCAAUAUUUCUGUUUCUGACUAUGCAGCCAGACUCACAGGAUACAGGGCUGAACUUUUACAGCUUUUUCUUUUUCAAAAUUUGAGGCAAUGAUGCACAUGUGAGAUACUGACAGAUUCAUUAAAGUCAUCUUUGAGUCUAAGGCACCUCAAAAGUUUGCCAUGAAGGUAAUAGAAUAUAUGUAUAAAUAUGUGUAUUUGCUAUCCACAGAACCGAAAUUUAAAUUAUACAAUCUACUUUGCAUGUUUGUUGUUGGGAGGUUUUUUUAAAAUCCUUCCAAUUUAUUUAAAAAUUAAAUUCAAACCAUUUGGAACUUUUCUUUUUUUGCCAAUGAAAGAGAUUUUUUUUUUUUUUUUUGCUAGGAGUUCUGAAGCUCUUGGACCAGAGUAUCAUAAUUAUUUGAUGCCAUAUAAGUAAUACAAUUUCAUUUAGCCUCAUCUCUAGCAGUGGCAGUUGUUGGAUUAUUUUAGCACUUUGUCAGUAAAAUUAAUACAAAUUAUCGAUACAUGUCUGUAUGUAUGUGUACACAUACAUAGUGUAUGUGUGUGUGUGUAUAUAUAUAUGGGUUCUUAGCAGAUUCUUUCAAUAUGUGAAGGAAAUUAUGUUUCUUUAAUGUGAAGUUGGCAGGAGCUAACAGAAUGGUUCCUACAGCUUGAGCAGUAAAAUAAAGCAGUUUUCUUCGAUCCAUAGAUCUAAUAUCAAUCUUGCAAACAUAAAUAGUAUUUUUCAGUCAUUUAGACAUAGAAUGGCAGACAUGACGGAGCCAUUUCACCCAGUGUAAUAAAUAUUUUGAGGCAUCAGUUGUAGAUUCUGAGGGGAGGGACCUCAACUCAGUGUAGCUGAGGAAAUAUGCUGUUUUAUAGUAGGAAUCAUUUUAGGAAACAGUAUGAGUAACUUGCUCCAGCUAAGUCUUUGAAAUGAUUACAAUCAUAUUCUCUGUUUAACAAAACACUUUGAAAAGUAAGUCAUAGUCAUAGAACCAUUUAGUUUGGAAAAGGCUGUAAAGAAGAUUGAGUCCAACUGUUGAAUAAAUGUUUCUCUGUAGAUUCAAAAGCAUGGCCUAUUUGAAUAUGUGACCAUCAAUUACUUCCAGCUCCAGAUCAGGAGAAAAAGGUGAAGGUAAAAUGAAAAUUAUGCAUAUUUUUUUCAGGUUAACCUUGGGGCACAUUUCUAUAAAGUAAGCACCUGAACUCCACGUGCUGGGGAGGGAAGGUAAGAAAGGAUAAAUAGCUUUUGUGCUGCGAGGUCUCACUCCUAAAAUAGCUUAUGAACAUACUUGCUGUCUCUUAAAAACUCGAGUAAAAUUGUUAAUGGUGCAUAAAGUUAAACCUUGCAUGUGGGCUGAGAGUCAUAAUGUUGAAACAGAUAUUUAAAAUGAGAUCUGUUUCAGUUAAAAUUGAAGAUAAUUAAGUAUAUGGAUAGUGUAUUUAUCUGGGUUAGAAGAACGGACUUAUCCAAUCUGACACCUAAAGCAAGACACCCAUGUGACAUCUCAGUGCAUUGUGCUCUGAUGCGUUGGCCUCUUUGCUGACAUAAGCAGCUGGAGCUCUGUGGGAAUCAAUGGGGUGGUUCCCAUUUACCUCAGCAGGGUACGUUGAACCCUAAAGAGUGGAGACAGUACUUGCUUUCUGCCAAUAUCCUGGGAGGAUAAGGAAAAUGUAUGGCUCAGGGUGCUGCUUUUGCAUAAGGUGUUCAUGCUUUUGUAAACAUUAAAAAUAAACAUUACUUUUUUCAUGCUGCUUGA